AUGGGUAAACCACCACAUUAUCUAUCAGAAUUCAUAAUUAUGCUUGAAGAAAAAGCAAAUAAAAGUAAUAAAUAUUGUGUUUGUAAAGAAUGUAUAUCAGGUUCUUUAUAUGCAGAGGCAGAAAAAAAUAAAUUUGCAAAUACACAAGAACUUGUUCGUCGUCACCUAAAAAAUUCUGAACAAGAAAAUUCUGAUAAUAAUUCUGAGGCUUCUUCAUCAAAAAACUUAUCUGAGGCUUCUUCAUCAAAAAACUCAACAGCUAGUAUUAGGAAAAAUAUAUUUGAUCAUUAUUGUUUCUGGCCCCUAAAUGAAGAACAACAAAAACAUUUUGAACAACUUAUACUUAAAGCAACUGUAUCAUGCAGUUGGGCUUUUUCAUGGGAAUCGAUUUUUGAAAGUAUUUUAGUUACCUCUAUGGGCAGAGUUCUUGUUUGGAAUGCAGAGGAUAUAUCAAAUGAACAUACAAAAUGGUUUGAUGUGCAGCGUCGAACUGAAAAUAUGCUUAGUAAUCUAAAAAAAAAAAAAAUUAAAGUUAAUGCUGUUGUAACAGAUUGUGCAUCUGAAUAUAAAGCAGCUAGUAUUUCACCUAAAAAUAAUAAACAAAUAAGCCUUAAUGAUAAUGAAGAGGAAUUAUAUACAUCAGAGGAUGACGAUAAUAUUAAUAUGAGGCAAAGUCAAAUAAAUGUUAAACAGACAGAAAUAGUUCGAUGUGUGAAUGACUGGAAAGUAAUUGUAGAACAGUGGGUUAACCUGGCCGAAGAGAAUGAUGGUGAUUAUAUGCAAUAUGAUUCAUUUAGCUUAAAUAAGUCAGAAGGUUUGACUAAUUUGUAUAAUAAUGAUCCAAUAUUUCAAGAUGAUAUUCAUCCUAAUAUUCAUCCUGCAGAUAAUUUGGUGGCCAAAUAG